UGUUUGCCGCUCGAAGCAAAAGUUCUUUUUUUGGCAUUUCGGCGUUACGUUCGAGUGCGCGCGCGUCCAGCUAAAAAGUUCUUGGCUCAGCCGAAGCGUGUGCUUAUUAUAAUAGAUUUUUCGUUCUAAUAUCCUGUCAAUUGAUACGAAUUAAAAACUAAAAAUUGGAAAUCAAACAAAACAAAAAAAAAAAAAUUAUAAUAAAAAAAAUAAAAAAAAGCUAGCGCGGCUUUAGCAAAAUGUCUUUGAUGUUUUGCACGGUCUUUCGUCGUCUCCUGCUGGCGCUCAUUCUUGUUUUACUCGCACCAGAUGAUUUGUUUGUGUCGAGUGUGGUGCAUCGUACUCUAGAGGAGGCGCGUCAGGAACGCCAGCGGCUGGUCCAGAAAUACAUUAAGACUCUAAACAAAGAGGAGGGCGCCAUACGACUGGUGGGCGGUGAAACGGAGCACGAAGGUAACAUUGAAAUCCUGCACAAUAACAAAUGGGGCGCCAUCUGCGAUGACGAAUGGGACACACUUGAAGGGCGCGUGGUCUGCCAGCAACUGGGCUAUCCCGGUCUGCGACGCGUCACGCACGAUGGCUAUUUCGGCUUAGCACGACGCCGCUACUGGAUGGAUAAUAUGUACUGCGAAGGUAACGAACGUGAGCUUGCCGACUGCCACUUUGAUGGCUGGGGUGAAAACGACUGCGAAGCCAAUGAAGCGGCCGGUGUUAUUUGUGAAAGUUCGCAGUCAGAGCGCACCACAGAGGCGCCUUUGCCUAAACAACUACCCAAAUUUACGUUACCGCAUGCCUACCGUAUCGAGGUGCGUCUGCGUGGUGGAAGGCGUGUACAUGAAGGACGCGUCGAAGUACGCAUCGAUGGUGGACGCUGGGGCACCAUUUGCUCUGAUGGUUGGUCCUUGCUGGAAACAAAUGUGGUGUGUCGCCAGCUGGGCUUGGGAUUCGCGCGCGAUGCAUUGCAAACGGACUAUUUUGGUGGACUGGACAUAACACCGGCAAUAUUGAGUGGCACCGAGUGUUACGGAAACGAAACUACCUUGGCGCAGUGCCUACAUCACGAUCACUUACGACCACCUGCCGAAUGCCAUGGCGAGCGUAAUCAUGUAGCAGUUGCGGUAUGCGAUCAUUUUGCACCUGAUUUGGUGGUGGAUUUCUAUGAGCUUGAACGCACAGCUCACUUGGAAGAUCGACCAAUGGCAUUGAUGCAAUGCGCUAUGGAGGAGAAUUGUGUGGCGAAUGAGGCUUAUGAGAUACAGCGAGACGAUCCGAAUUGGCGUUAUAUGACGCGUCGAUUACUCAAAUUUACCGCGAGUACGCUGAAUGCAGGCAACACGGAUUUCAGGCCGUUCAAGGAGAAACACCUGUGGGAGUGGCACAUGUGUCAUAUGCAUUACCACAGCAUGGAGGUCUUCGCCACAUUUGAUGUAUUCGAUUUGAUAGGCAACAAAGUGGCGCAAGGUCACAAAGCCUCAUUUUGCUUGGAAGACAAUCAAUGCUUGUCAGGCGUGCCAAAGAAAUAUAACUGCGCCAAUUUCGGCGAUCAAGGCAUUUCCGUCAAUUGCUCCGACAUUUAUCUUUACAAUCUUGACUGUCAAUGGGUGGACAUCACCGAGUUGGAUACCGGCUCUUAUAUUUUGAAAAUUGCCGUCAAUCCCGAGUUCAAAGUGGCAGAGAUGAGUUUCGACAAUAAUGCAGCGGUAUGCAAUCUUUUAUAUACAGACACUUAUGCGCGUGUCGAUGGCUGUAGGCUGACAAGGCCUUAGUUAAAGUUUCCUAAAUCGGUUUUCUUUUUUUGUUUGUGAUGAAGCAAAUGCUCGCCUAGGUAGUUCCGUCACCUCAACAGUGCCAAAAACAAAAAUUAUAACUGAUGAAAAAAUAUGAAGCCAAAUAAAAUAAUGAAUAUUUCUUAUAUAAUAUUUAAAGAGAAUUGUAGUU